GGGCGAGGGGCGGGGCCGGCGUGCCGAGAAAAGCGUCCCGGGGACGGCAGCUGGUAAGGUUCAGGUUGGGGUGCUUCGCGACUGCGUCGGGGAUCAUCAGGGUACCCGCCCGGAAGCAUGGCAACUCUACAGCUGCUCAGAGCUCCCUUGCUGUGUGUCCUGCUUUGGGUCUUUUGUGCUCCAGGUGCCAGAGCCCAGGAGCACGGGGCUGGUGUCCAUCAUGGCAGCGUGGGCCUGGACAAGAGCACAGUGCACGACCAAGAGCACAUCAUGGAACAUCUGGAAGGUGUCAUCAACCAGCCAGAGGCAGAGAUGUCCCCACAGGAACUGCAGCUCCAUUACUUCAAAAUGCAUGAUUAUGACGGCAACAGUUUACUUGACGGCCUAGAGCUCUCCACAGCCAUCACUCACGUGCACAAGGAGGAGGGGAGUGAGCAGGCCCCAGUCAUGAGCGAGGAUGAGCUCGUCAGCAUCAUAGAUGGCGUCCUGAGGGACGAUGACAAGAACAACGACGGCUACAUCGACUACGCUGAGUUUGCAAAGUCACUGCAGUAGACGGUUGGCUCUUUCCUUUGUGCACAUGUGACCCUUGCUAAUGUGAUGGACGUGUCUGGUAAUUCGAAACAACUUAUUUCCGUCUUCUGCUUGGCACUUUGGUAAGAGCCUGUGGCAGUCGGUUAGACUGGGGUGAGGAAGAAGCCACAUGACUGGAGAGAAGUGGGACAGGCCUCAGUCCCUAGAGGUGUGUUUAAACUUGCUGGGCAGGAGCUGGAUGUGGAUCUUCAGAAGGGCGGUGGGGGAUUCCCAGCUCUCAGGAACCUGUAGAAUGGCACUCUAACUUGUUGAUGUUAAUUCAUGCUACCUGAAAGUAAAGACAGGCUGCUCGGCCAAGUGGACACACUUGAGAAACAGGGAGGGAGAGGUGAAAGCCACGCUUGCCCUGGUUGGUCCUGUCUCUAGGCAGAUGUGGUCAGUAUUCUGUUCCCCGGGCAUACAGCAUAUAUUAAAGCCACAGCAGAAGAAGAAUGCCAUCCUCUGAGUCCAACCAGAUGCAGAGUCUAGGAUUCCUUGCCGACUGGCAUAUUGGAAAUGAAGCACCACUGGCCUAAAUAGUUAGCCUUUUCCAGUAUCUUCAACAACUACUGCCAUACCCUGUGCUCUAUUAUCUGAACGGGAGAGAAACCUUGAAUCGGGGUGUGUUCUCUUAUCACUAUCCACUGAUUGUGCUUUCCUGACCCUUGUAUUGUAUCCUUGCUCCCAGGCUCCCUUCAUGGCUUAUGAACUGUUGUUAACAUGGUCUCUCAGGUUAAACUUUCAGCUGAUCUAGCCUGAGUGAGGCCCAAGAAGAUCAGUCACUGAGAGCAGUGGCUAACCUCAUCCACGUUGGAAGGAAUGUUUUUAAAAUUACCUCUUCGAGCCUGAAUACAAGAAUUCUUUUAAUUUCAGGGAAGAUCAGAAAAGGAAGCCUAAAGCCCGUUAGCAUCGUGAACCUCAGUAGUAGCUGAAAGAGGUUGAACUUGCUCUGUGAGAUGUUGUAGACAUUCUGUAAAAGAAUCCAGAACGAUAGCAGGGUUAGGAAAGAAAUGGAAUCAGAUCUGCUCUAAGAUGAAUAGAGACUUAUUUUUCUUUAUUAAAGUAUUCUUGUAAGACAGUUUUCUGUGUCAAGUAUUUGUGCAAUCAGAACUGAUGUGUAAGCUAUUCUUGUAAUAUCUCAUUAUUUUGAAAGAUUUAUAUAAUGAACUCUGGCUAUCUGACAAUAAAACGAAUAAAAAAGUAAGCAG